AUGAGCUCAGUCUCUAGCCCUGCUGCCGACCAUUCUGUCGACCUUCCUGCCGAUCAGCCACAUAUCUCACAGGCGUCCGGUACUUCGCCCCCCUUGGCUCCGGCUGCUAGUGCGGAAAGCAGCGCUCCCUCCGAUCAUGACAUGAUACAGAAAGAGAACGUCAGGCCGGUCCAGGGGAAGGACGUAGAUAACCAGACUGCUUGUUCGGGGCCGAAUGCGGGAUCGAUACAGGAGGAAUUAGAUGACUUUGGGCUGCCGAUUCACGUGCGGCCCAAGAGAGUGUCUUCGGAUAGCGAGGAGGUAUACCAGGACGUCGCUGAAUCUGCUGGGAGCGCUACUGAUGAUGGCGAUUUGGGCACACGUGGAGGUCAAGAAACUACACCAGAGGAGGUGGCUCCGAGUGAUCGGGUAGAGGAUAAACCCCAGGUGGCAGGAAAGGACGUGGAUGGGGGUUCGCCAUUGCAGUCUACGACAUCCACGCCGCAUGAUCAUCAAUCUGCCAUGGAAGAGCCCGCAGAGGCUUCUACGGCCAGCGAAAAGCGUGCUCUCCCCGACCACUCGUCCCAUCCUGAAGAUGAACCGCCGCCGCCGUACACGGAGAACCCGGCUCAGGAACAGCCCGAGACUGGUGCCGAGCGUCCCUCUAUGCAGAAGAAACGUGCAUCCGUGAAGCCAUCCGAGUGGUCACAUCAACAGCUGUAUGGGGCUGGACACCCGGAGGAUGAAAGCGAAGAAGAAGAGGACGAUGGGGGCUGGAAAGAUAUGCCUGCUGUGGACGAAUUCGACGUGUAUGACGACUACGGCCGGCUCGUUGCCCGUGGCGCGAAGCCGGAGGAUAGCGAAGCCGUCUACAGCGGGUUGGGAGGUGCAGGAAAGGGAUACACUCGAGUGCAGCUUGACGAAGAUGCUCAAUCAGCAACUAGCUUGGAUGAAGAUACAAGCUAUCUGUUCAAAGAAUCCGCCGCCAACGCCGCUGGAAUGGAGGAGGAGCUGCGUGACCCCGUUAGCCAACUGCAAGCCACGAAGGACCUUCUUACUGAGAGCCAGAGGAUAGCAUAUGUCGGGGUGACCAGGUUGACUAUACAUCAAAUGACAUUGGACAUCGAGAAGAUUCCACCCAUCAAGGGCACGCGCAAGGCAAGGCAAGCUGGCGUCGACUCCAUGCGGAAGUGGGGUCAAGCAAUGAUGGCCAGGCUCUAUUCCCACAUGGACAUUGACACUGCAGAGCAGGUGAUGAUCGAGCAAUUGGCAGGACAUGGCGUGCAGCCGGCAGAUCUUGUCCGACCGCUCAUGAGCAACGCUCGGGUCACGAAUCCUCUGGCAGAGGAGCCGGAAACACCAAAGAAAUCCAUGUCCUUACCCACCUCCCCCAGGCUGAGGGAGGACUACCGGAGCAGUAUAUCGACCGAGGUCGACAGAUCCUCCAGAUCAACAUCCCCGCCACCCUAUGAAACCCACGAGGGAGAAGACCUGCCAGAAGUCCGAACCCCAUCUCAGUUGCCCACAUCGGCGAAGAUCGACAUCGAUCUCCGAUGGACAGUGCUCUGCGAUCUGUUCCUCGUUCUCAUUGCGGACUCCGCCUAUGAUGCGCGAUCGCGGACAUUGCUCGAAAGGGUUGGUGCGUCGAUGGAAGUGUCCUGGCUGCAGAUUGCCCGCUUCGAAAAGCGCGUCAUUGAUGCCCUGGAGAUGCAGGAGGCCGCCGAAAAGGAGACGUGGGAUGAGUCGGAGCAUAUGGAGAAGCGACGAAAGAUGGCCCUUAAACGGAAGUACAUGGUCAUGGGCCUCGCCACAGUGGGAGGUGGUCUAGUGAUUGGCCUCUCGGCUGGGUUGUUGGCCCCAGUCAUCGGCGCUGGCAUCGCAGCCGGAUUUACGACAGUCGGGAUUACGGGGACGAGCGCAUUCCUGGGCGGUGCUGGAGGUACCGCGCUGAUUGCCUCCGGUGCUACCUUGACUGGAGGCACCAUUGGACUGCGGGCGUCCCAGAAGCGUACGGGUCCGGUUCAAACCUUUGAAUACCGUCCCUUGCACAACAACAAGCGGGUCAAUCUGAUCAUCACGGUGGCGGGUUGGAUGACGGGUAAGGUGGAUGAUGUCCGAUUGCCAUUCAGUACGGUCGAUCCCAUCAUGGGUGAUCUGUACUCGGUCUUGUGGGAACCUGAGAUGCUCCGGAGUAUGGGUGACACCAUUAAUAUUCUCGCUACAGAGGCCUUGACUCAAGGACUGCAACAGGUUCUGGGGCAAACCGUUCUGGUUGCUUUGAUGGCAUCUCUACAACUCCCGCUGGUUCUGACCAAGCUAUCCUAUCUGAUCGACAAUCCGUGGAACGUGUCGCUUACCCGCGCCAACGCGGCUGGACUCAUUCUGGCCGACUCGCUGCGAGACCGCAAUCUCGGAAAGAGACCUGUAACCCUUCUCGGAUACUCGCUGGGCUCGCGGGUCAUCUUCUCGUGCCUCAAAGAGCUUGCCGACAGAGGUGCUCAAGGGCUGGUGCAGAACGUGUAUAUGUUUGGGUCCCCGAUCGUGGCCAAUCGGGACGAAUACCUGAAGGCCCGCAGUGUGGUGUCGGGUCGAUUUGUGAAUGGAUACGCCUCGAACGACUGGAUCCUCGGAUAUCUGUUCCGUGCCACAAGUGGUGGUAUCAUGCGGGUAGCGGGUCUCGCUCCAGUGGAUCGGGUUCCAGGCCUGGAGAACUUUGAUGUCACCAAAAUCGUGAAUGGCCAUAUGGACUACCGUGCCGCCAUUCCUCGGCUGUUGAAGGAGGUGGGCUGGGAAGUGCUGAGCGAGGAAUUCGCCGAAAUCGAGGAUCCGGAUCCUGAGAACCAUGCCGAGCGGCAGAGAGAAUUAAUCCGGGAGAUUGACGAGGCGCGACGGGAGGCGGAGCUCAAGCCAGAGAAGAAGCGAUUUGGGCUGUUCAAACGCGGGAAACUGGCGCAGAAGAAAGGCUGGGAAACAUACGAUGUGGAACGCAACAAUGCCACGUCCCGGGGCUCGAAUGACAACAACGCCGCCGGGUCGGUCCUGUUUGAUAUCGAUGCGAUCCGAGCCGAGUUGGCCUCGGAGAAGAUCGAAGUGAAGCAGCUUGAAUCCACGCUGCCCCCAAUGAAAUUGGAUUUGAGUUCUCCGGCGAGCCCAUCUCCGUCUGCACCAUCCUCCACCGCCAGAGAACUGAAAAGUCCUGAGAUGCCAGCGCCUCCGGCUCGAACGCCGCCCGCCUACAGUCCCUCUCGGGAUGUCUAUUCGCCUCCGCACCAUGAGGAGGAACUAGAGAUGACCUUUGACACGUCCUUUCACGAUACCCCACCACGCUCUCGUUCUUCUUUCGAGCCCGCCUCUUACGAAGGCCCGCCAUCGAGGCCGGAGCUUCGGUCUGCUGUUACAAUGCCGGCCCUCGGGGCUAGCACGCUUGGAGCGAUCGCUCUGGAGCCGAAUGCCUGGGCUGAGCAUGACGAGGAGGAGAUCCAGAUGACGUUUGAGUGA